AUGACCAAACUUUUAUUAAUCUUGGUUUCUCUCAUUGGAUUAUGUUGUUUCACACAUGUUUCCUAUGCCUUUUCACCUUCUGCAUGGACCAAAGGUCAUGCCACUUUUUAUGGGGGCAGUGAUGCCUCAGGCACUAUGGGAGGAGCUUGUGGUUACGGAGAUUUAUAUUCAACUGGAUACGGGACAAGAACUGCUGCAUUAAGUACAGCUUUGUUUAAUGACGGUGCAUCUUGUGGAGAAUGCUAUAAAUUAAUUUGUGACUAUCUUACAGACCCAAGAUGGUGCAUAAAAGGAAGAUCUAUCACCGUAACCGCCACAAAUUUCUGUCCUCCUAAUUAUGAUCUACCCAAUGACGAUGGAGGAUGGUGCAAUCCACCUCUCAAACAUUUUGAUAUGGCUCAACCUGCUUGGCAAAAAAUUGGUAUCUACAGAGGAGGAAUCAUCCCUGUCUUAUUCCAAAGGGUGCCUUGCAAAAAGCAUGGAGGAGUAAGAUUCAGUGUGAAUGGGAGAGACUACUUUGAGUUAGUGUUGAUUAGCAAUCUUGGGGGUGCUGGAUCAAUCGAAUCGGUUAUGAUUAAAGGAUCGAAAACAGGUUGGAUGCCUAUGUCAAGAAAUUGGGGUGCAAAUUGGCAAUCCAACUCUUAUUUGAAUGGCCAACCUUUGUCGUUCCAGGUCAAAACCACAGAUGGUGUAACAAGAACUUUCGAAAAUAUUGUUCCUUCCAAUUGGGAAUUUGGCCAAACUUUCUCCAGUAAGCUCCAGUUUUAA